UCAAACGUAACCUUCAAACAUAAUCAACACAUCAGACACAUGCUUCGAAUCAUUUCAUCAUGGAUGCAUACGAUAUCUUCAAAAAACUAAGUAAAGGGGCAAAAUAUACCAAGAAAAACACAAACAGCAAUCAAGCAACAGUGGUUCCAAUCAUUAAAUCUGAUGAUAAAGUGAAAGUCAAAACAGAAUCAUCAGCACACCAAACAGGAGAUACACAGAACACAAGCAUUACUCUCCUUGGGGAUAUCACAUCUACUGGAAAUAAACCAGAAAAGAAAAGAAAAUCUCCUGAUUUACAAAAUGAAAAACGUCGACAAGAACUUAGAGUUGAAGAAGAGGUAAAUCGUUUUAGAAAUAUUCACAAUAUUAAUGUGGUUGGCAGACAUAUCCCAGAACCAGCAAGAGCUUUUAAUGAUUUCAAAAUAGGGCAGGAUUUAAUUGAAAACCUAGUUCAGCUAGGUUACAAAGAUCCAUCACCUAUACAAAUGCAAGCAGUUCCACUGAUGCUUGCAAACAGACAAAUUUUGGCAUGUGCUCCUACUGGUUCUGGAAAAACAGCUGCAUUUUUGCUCCCAUUACUGGAAGCACUAGGAAAACCUAGUAAAAACGGUUACAGGGCAUUAAUUAUAUGCCCAACCAGAGAAUUAGCAAUUCAGACCCAGAAAGUAUGCAUGCAUCUAGCUGACAGUAGAAAACUUAAACCAUUCACAAUCAAUAAAGUGAACAUGAUAAAAAUAGGAGAUAUCUUAAUAACCACACCAAAUAGACUUUGCUUCCUACUAAACCAAGAUGAAAAAGUGUUAAACUUGGGGACAAUUGAAUGGGUGGUAAUUGAUGAAGCUGAUAAAUUGUUUGAAGAUGGUGUGAGAAGUUUUAAAGAUCAAUUGAAGCAAAUUUUAGAUGCUUGUACAUUGAAAACUAAGAGAAUUGCAAUGUUCAGUGCUACAUACACACCAAUGGUGGCAAAGUGGUGUGUGAAAAACAUGAAAGGUUUAGUAAGAGUAACCAUUGGUCAGAGGAACACUGCAACUGACCUGAUUGAACAACACUUAGAAUUUGUUGGUAAUGAAAGUGGCAAGUUGCUUGCUUUUCGCGACUUGGUCCGGAAGGGACUCACACCGCCUGUGUUGGUGUUCGUUCAAAGUAAAGAACGUGCCCAGCAACUCUUUUCCGAAUUGAUUUACGAUGGCAUUAAUGUCGAUGCGAUUCAUGCAGAUCGCACCCAGCUUCAACGAGAGAACACCGUGAAAAGUUUCAGAGAGGGUAAAAUAUGGGUGCUCAUCUGUACAGAACUUAUGGCUCGUGGUAUUGAUUUCAAAGGUGUGAAUCUCGUCAUUAAUUAUGAUUUUCCGCCGAGUUCUAUUUCUUACGUGCAUCGUAUUGGUCGUGCAGGCCGAGCUGGUAUGAAAGGUAAAGCGAUUACCUACUUUACAUUAGAUGACGCAGUGAAUUUGAGAAGCAUUGCUCAUGUUAUUAAAGAGUCUGGAUGUGAAGUGCCCGAUUAUAUGCUUUAUAUGAAGAAGCAUUCCAAGAAAGAGAAGAAACAAAUGGCUGUGAGCGCCAUGACUAGGGAUGAUAUUCUGACUGUUCCUUAUGAUGAAAGAUUAAGAGUUGAUAAAGCACUGGGUAAGAAGAGAUUGAUUGAUCAAUUUAGAAAACAGAAGAAAUUGAAUGAGAAGAAGCAAGGGGCUGCGAAAAAAAUGUUGAAAGGCGGGAAGCAUACUCAGAAAAUUGGGAAGACUACAAAAACCUCGUUGAAAAAUAUCAAAAAUGAUAAACCAUCAAAGCAAUUUAAGAGUAAAAUUAAGAAAAGUAAAUAAUGUUAAUACUUGAAUGUUAAUAAAUUUGCAAAGAAUGAUA